AUGUCAACAUCAGCCCUUGUCGCGAAAACAGAUCUUGACAAACAAAUUCCGUCGUGCUCAUUCACGCCGGCAUCGCCGUCGCCGACAACCCCGCCGUACUUCCAUUCGAGACCAGCAGUGCUUGAUGUAUAUUCAUGGUCUCGGAUCUUCGAAAUUGUUGCGUCUACAGUCCCGCUACGAAAAGCGUUGGAGUUUAAGACACUGCAUAGCGAAGCCUACCGAUCGGUUGAUCGCGCGUUUCGUAAGGUUCGCAAACUCAAAGUGGAAAUCUAUGAGGCGAACUCGAACAUCUACACCGGGGAUGAAAGCAACACAACACCAGUUUAUGUAGUUCAGGAUUCUGCCACCCGAAACGCGGACACCGCACGAAAAAUGGUCCAUUUUGUACUAUCGAAUGCCACAUGCAUUAAACAACUCGAUUUGUACUUUGAAGAUUUGGAUCAAACUGUACUCAAUCAGAUUUUGGGCGAGGUUAUCGAAUCACAAAAUGUGAAGCUUGAGCUUCUUCAUGUCAAACGUCGUCAUGCUGGACAAAGUGUGACUAAAAUUGGGGAUUUGGUGCGCAAAAAUGCGAAAACGCUUCGUGAAAUUUCAAGAAUCGGCAUUUCUGAGGCUUCGAUUGGACUCAAUGAUGAUUGCAACCUCGACCGUCUCGCUCUAAUGUCGUUUGAUCUUGGUUUUCAGCCGGCGCCGAACCAAAUUCCAUUUCACAUGAUCAGAAUUACCGAAAGCGAAGCCAAAUUUCGCGCGCUUUCCUACACCAGUUUUGCCGGAUUUGAUCCAACUGAUGACGUGGUUCAGAAUCUGCUCGUCAAAGGUUGCGUUGAAUCGAUCAAGCUCACCAUGAUGAAGGCGCCGAAGAUCAUGCGUCGGCCGGGCUACAUGAUCGGCAAAGUGCGGCGAGUGAAGAAGGUGGAGCUCGUCGAAAUCGUGCCAGAGCCAUGCCGUUUUAAUCAGCUUCUCGCAUCGAGACACGCGUUCGAGAAAGUGUUCCCGUAUGCUCAGGAGAACAUCGCUGUCCUCCAACAAUGGAAUUGA